CGCUGCUUUCAGAUUUCGAAUCGUAAUCAAAAACUUUUGUUCGACUUUAACAGACUGAUUUAAAUAAAUACAUUUUUAAAUACUUUGCACAAAAUGUCGUUGCCAGUGCCAGAAAUACGCAUUACGCGUAUAACGGACACCUACAUAGAGGAGGCCCUCGAUGAGAUGAACAAAGAUGACAAGCCGCCGAAACCCACAAAAGCAGAAAAGAAGGCAGCUCGUAAAGAGGCCAAGAGAUUAGCCAAGGAAGAAGAACAGAAAUUAAUAUUGCGCCAUGCCUUGAAAACGGAACUUGAGCUGGGCGAGCGAAUGGAGAUGCGUGGAAUGGACGAAUGGAAUGCCAUUGCCGAGCAGUUUAAGAUUAUCGAGCUGCGCCAGGAGAUUGUGCAAUGGGGGCAAAAAGCAUCCGACAUUAUUGAGCGAAAGAACGAUCACAUCAAGAUGCUGAUGGAUGACAUGCAGCAAACGCAAGAGCAGCAUUCACGAACCUAUUCCAGAACGAUCGAGAUAAUCGAUCACAUUGGAGAGUGUUAUCAUGCGAUGCUCGAGAGCAGCAAACGAAUGUAUGAACAACAGGCAGAGGAUCUGCUCAAAGAGUACUACGAUGAAGUGCAUUUUCGCACCGAGGAAGUUGAGGCGAUGAAACAGAAUAGCGAGAAUAUUAUACAUGCUUCCAAUCUGUUUACACGCGAUCAACUGAAACUCGACUAUCAAAUCUAUUUGGAGCAGCGCGAUCAUUAUGUGAACAAGGACAUUGAAGCACGCUUUCAGAUACGCGAUCAGGUGGUGAAGAAAAUGAUGACGAUGCAACGGCAACUCAAUGAUUUCGUCGACUCGCUGCACAGCACCGAACUUGAUGCACAUAAAUACGAUCGCAUCCGCUCGUUGACGGAGCGACAACAAGCUUUUGUGGAUGAAACCCGAAAGCUGGAUGCCGAGGAGAUGAAGUACAUAGGUCUGCAGAAUGAGACACAGCGUGAAAUGUUGCGCAUCGAGGCGGAGAAUAAUAAUACGAUCAAUGAUCUAAAGCUGGAGUAUGAGUACUUUGCCAAUGUGCGCAAGAAGAUCGAGGAACGCAUGCAUGUGGAUCGCAUUACAACGCAUGAGAAGCUGCGUAUUCUCAGCACCGAGUGCUACGAACUGACUAAGCGCUUUGAGAAGAUCGUCAAGAGUGGCGAACUUCUGCUCGCUUUAUCGAUCACAUGUCGCAAGCUACAAACUGAAUCGGAAAAAGUUAUUGUGGGCGGCGAAGUUAUAGAUCAAGUCGAUGUGGGUGAUCUCAAUGAGGAAUUCACACUCGAAUCCUUGGACAUCAAGAAGCAUGUCGAUAUUACCGAAGAUGAGCUCAUCGAGCUUAAUAAUAAAAUGAAAAAUUUUUGGCGUCAACAGGCCAUGGCUCAGGCCCAGAAUCUUCUGCUGCUCGAAGAGAAACGAAAACUCACCGAGGAGAAUCAACGCUACAUUGAUUUCAUCAAGUCUAUGUCGAAGACUGACAAUGCUGAGGAACUGCGCUCUGCCAUGGUGGUGAAUCCUUGCAUUCAACCCACCCCGUUCCUCUUCGAUACUCCGUGUCGCAACUUCAAGCUGCGCAUUAAGAAGGAAUCGAUUACAGCGGGCAAAGAUGGGCGACGCUUGGCUGCUAAUGUCAUCAAGGCGGUUGUCUAUGGCACCGAAAUAAGCACAAUAAGAAAAUAAUUGGAUACUUUGGGAGAAAUGAGAGAUGGCCAUAUGCAAGUGACAACUUAUUCAGGAUAUUUGAUUUGAAUUGAAUAUUCAUAAGGAAACAUUUCUACAUAUUCAAUUCUUCAUCUUGGAAGAAAUCUUUUUGAUUUGGGAAGAACACAGAUAAAUUGUUCGGUAAACUCUACUAAAUACUACAUAACAGAAUUACUCUUUAAUCUUCCCCAAGAUGGUAUUGCGACCACUCUACUUACAUACCAUAGAUAGUUAAAACUUGCGGUAAUAUUAGUCUAUUUUUUGGGAAAAAAUCUUGCUAUAUAAAUACAAAUUUCUCCCCAUUAAAUAAAAAAUACUUAUUCAGUAAAUAUCGCGGGUUCAAUAUAAAUAAUACUUUAAAUACUAUUCAACUUCGAAUCCUGCUAUCCAAAACACUUGGCA